AUGGAACCAGACCCUUUUAAGGCUCGCACGCUCGACGAGGUCCCUACCCACCUCUCCGCUUACGGACGAGACGCUUACCAACGCACCUGCCUCAGCAUGCUCAGCACCGGUAUCCACAAGUGGGGCUUCGUUAUCUACCGCUGUACAUACGAUGACGACGAACUCUGGAACCGCUACCUCGCGCAGCUUAAGAGCUUCUGCCAUAACCAACUCGUUGAGUACCAACGCGCUGAGCUACUUGAGCAGUACUUAGAUCGGGUCGUUAUCGAGGACCGCGCCACCCUCAACAACGCCUCCCGGGUUGAAGUUAGGAAACACUUUAAUCAAUGGGUGUCUGAGCAGAACGUCCCCAUGUUCCCAACCAAGGCCUACCUGAAUAUAUUUCCCAUCCAGAUGCCCUGUUUCCGAUACUGUCUUUAUGUCGACAAGCAGUGCCUCAACACUAUUAUCCAGUUCCAGGAAGCAAACGACGGCACAGCAUUGUUCUUAUCGGAACUGCCGCCAAUGGUUUUUGCUAUCGUUGAUCGAACCUGGACACCAAAUGGCACCCAGGACGAGUUCGAUAUUCUACGAUCGCGGCUAUUCCCUUAUUGA